UUUAUUUUUCAGUACAUGGACACGUAAUUAUUUGUAUGUUAAUACAUAAUAUGUGUUGAAUAUGCUUCGUAACAGUUCCAUUAACAAAUUAUAUGAAUGUGUUUACCGUUUCGAAAAGAAAUAACUUUAGAUUUUAUAAAAGUAUCUGGGGAAUAAAUUCAAAUUUUACCAAUGACAUUUCGGGCUUGUACGUAUCGCAUGUAUGUAACCUUCUUGAAGAUAAGCAAGCUGAUGAUGAGCAUACCUCUUUUGAUUAGAACGUAAUAAUUGGAAUCACAAACAGCUGAUUGAUGAAAAGCACCGAUUAAAUGUCAUUGAGGCUUAAAGCUAUUUAAAAAUUCAUUAGUUUCACAUAAAUCUAUUUAUAUCGAUCUUUUUUGUACUUAUUGUUUAUGUAAUUUUUACGUAAAAAUGAACGUCAUAUGCGCUAUAUGUAAGGAUCAUUUAGAGCAAUCAGAUGAUAUUUUUCAUACACAAUGUGCACACGUAUUUCAUUUCCAAUGUUUGACACAAUGGCUUGAAAGAUCAACCAGCUGUCCACAAUGCAGGGAGAAGGUGACACGAAAUAAAAUAUAUAGACUUUAUUUCACAUUUUCAAAUAAUGAACCUGUUGAACCUCAGACAUGCACUUCAAAAGAAAGAAUAGAUACUCUAAAGUUUAAAAUUUUAUUAAAAGAGAAAGACAUUCAAUAUUUUGCUUCAAAAACUGUUACUUUGGAGAAACAAAAUGCUGGGCUUAAACAAGAAGUUCGAAAAGUAGAAAGUGAAAUUAGUAAAAAAAAUUCAUUGAUACAUGAACUGAGAGAGGAAAUGAAGUAUACUGAUGAGCUAAAGAAAGAAAUUGCUCACUUAAAAAUUAAAAUUAAUGAUCUGGAACCGAUUGAAACAUUGAUACGUGGUCCUCUUUGUAAUGUUAACAAAAUGAUUGGAGACACUAAUGAUCCAGAGAUACUUACAAAAUAUAUAUCUGUCAUGAAAAAGGAGUUGAUUGCAAGGUUUGAUAAAUAUAAACAUUUACGCAUAAAUAUUAAGAGACUACGUCAGGAACUUGUUAAUAUCAAUACAAAAUAUGAUUCUUUAUCAUUGAAGGAACAAACAAAACGAAUGGAAUUAGAAGAAAAACUAGCAUUUGCAGAAAGCAAAUGUAUGUCUUUACAAAAACGAGUUAAUGAAUUAGAAGAAGUGCUUGGUAUUAAUGAAGAAUGUAGCAAUAUAUCAGGAGAGAUUUAUAAUAAUGUUGGUGAAAACAGCUCUGUUGAAAAGAUGUCAAAAGGAGAGAAAAAUAAUGAAAAAACAAGUCUUACACUUACCAAGCGAAAAACGGAGCAGAUAUCCAGCAGUACAAAAAAUACUGAAGACAAACUAUCCAGUUUGCAAUUAAAUUGUGAUUCAGUCGAGAAAGAAAUAAAUCUUUUAAAUUGUAGUUCAUCUAGCGAUUCUUCGACAAUGUCGAAAAGAUUCAGGAUGUCCAUAGAUGAUACAAAUAUUUUGAGUAAAAGUGAUAGUAGCAAGUUUACAAAGUAUACUAUACCAAAGAAAAAAAGAGAAAACAUUACAAGAAAAAGAACAUCCCUUAUAGAAAAUAAGCAGAAUGAAAAUAUAAUUGAUUUGACAUAAAAAGUUCCUAUGAACAUUAUACAUUUACUUUU